AUGGCCUCGUCAUCACGGCUCAUCAGCAUCUUGCUUGCGGCCCUCGUCGCAGCUGUCUGCGUCUCAGUUGCUAAUGGACAAUCGAGCGUCUCUUCCACAUCCAGCCCCUUGUCGUCCUCUGCUGGAUCGUCUUCCUCUUCUGCAUCUUCCUCUUCAUCCUCACUCCCAGACACGACACUCGCCCCUCAAACAUUCAGCUUUCAAAGCAUCGGCCCCGUCGGUCCUGGUAGUGUUGCAACAGUCAUCAAUGGCACUUCGACGACAGUCGCAAUCAACACGUCGUCGUCCGUCAACUCAAGCACCAUCAGCUCGUCAUCGACUUCCCUGAACCUGUCAACCGUUAGCCUCGGCCUAGUCACCACCAGAGCUUCAGACGCAGAUCCCUCUGCGACGAGGAUGGGCGGUGGAUCCUCAAAUGCAGCCAUCGCUGCCGCCCGGUUCCUCCGUACCAGCAGCUUCGAAGGUCUGGCAGGCGUGACAGCAGCGUCGCUCCUUCUCGUCCUUGCCGGCGCCGUGCUGCUAAGCGCAUCAUUGCGCUGCACCGCUCGCGGAUUGCCAAAUGAUCCUUUGCUCAUACGAGUCGUAUCGCCCCCUAUGCUGAUCAUCUUCCAUCGCCUGGCUUUGUCCCUCCUCGACGCGGGCGGCUCGUGCAUGAGCGGCGUCGCACCCUUUCGUGAAACCAUCUUCUCGCUUGCGUACCUCGGCGAGGUCACGCCACUUUCCCGCAGUAUGGACGGGGGCCAGAUUGCGAUCCCAGAUCUCGAUGACGAGUACUUCGAUCUUCCCAACCCGCCAUUUGCCUCAGGAGGCGGAGCAGGAAGUAAUGGCGGCGGCGGCGGCGGCGGCGGUGGUGGUGGGGCUGGAUCAGGAAGCGAAUCUGUUCGGACAGGCUCCUUUGAUGAUCUUCGAGGUCCAUCAAGACCUUGGCUCACUCAUGGCCGCUCCGGGUCUGGGACCAGCGCCGACUCCGGAGAGUCUUCAUCGAUCAACCAGCAGCAGCGUAAAGAGGGAGGUCCAGGUGGCUGGUCGUUCCCCCGCAAGGGCUCAUUUGCCAGUCUCAAGGCUGCAUUCAAGGGACAAGGAGGAGGUGGUGGUGGGGCUGCAGCCGGCGGGCCCGGUACUCAUGCGACUUCUCUGUCGGGCCCUCCUGACAGCGGGCACCCUACUACAUCUCAUCGACCCUUCGCUCGCACGACGAGCAGCAACAAUGCGAUCAGCGCCACUCCGACUCGACGCAAAGGAGGCCAUCAACGCAAUGAUAGCGAGCUCUCGUCCGGACCGUCCCGUACACCAGCCGCCCCUCUCCCCUCUGCUCGUAGCCAUCAUGCCCAGCAGUCUUCCUUCUUCUCAGAAUACUCAGCGGGCCAUGCGAGCUCGUCAGGGAGCCAACAGCUACACAACAUGCCGCCGCUACCUCCCUUCCCUCCGGAGCACUAUAACAACCCGAUGCCGCCUAUUCUCUCCAACGAGGAGAGUGCGUUCCCUUCGUCUUACCCGACAGCGCCGGAUGAGACUGCGGCCGGCUACUUUGAUGGCUUUGAUACUGGCGGACCUUCUCAGGCAAUGGCUUGGCAGGGGACAGACGCCAUGCUAUACGGCGGCCGAUCGUCGAAUUGGCCGGGAGCAGCGUUAGACGCAGGGCCAUCAGGAGUAGCGCAGGCUGCGGAUCUACCGACUGGCAUCGGCUGCGUCGAUCCGCAGAGCCCGUCAGACUAUGCACUCAAUGUGCUCAUGUCACGCUUCCUCUCGCGGACGCAAGUCAAGAUCCAGGCGGUGCUUGAUCAUGGGCUAGAAGCGGAACCUUUGCUGGAGCCAUCAUUUGGACCAGGAGUCGACGACGAAUUUGACACUCUUCUCGGCUCUUUGGCUCACGUGUCCCGCAACAGCCUCAAGAUGGUCCUUGAGAGCCUCAUCAACUGGCACACGAUGCAUCUCGAUGCAAACGUAGGCGCAGAGACGGUGCGGCGAGCGAUGUCAGAAGCUGCACACCUUUAUGGAAAUACAGCGGCGACGGCCGCAGGCAGCAAUGGACCACCAGGAGUGAGAGAAGUCGCCGCUACGUUGAUGCGGAGGAAAGCGCUCGCCACCACCUACCUUCUCUCGAGGAGUCUGUCAGAGGUGGCGAAGCAGAUGCAGCUAGGCGAAGCGGGCGCUGCUGCAGAUGCUGAGGUUAAUACGCUCUUUUCGACCAUCUUUGAGCUACUGCAGAACUGCAGCCGUAGCCGAGUACCUCGUUCAAGCAUGCAGAGCCAGGCUUUUGAGUCAGUGUCAGAGCUGCUGGGUGAGCUUUCUCGCAAGUACUUCAUGGGCAUCGGCGACCGCUUCGUCUCGAUGCUGGAGCAUUGCGCCAAGGUGCCGCCGUCGAAGAAUGUCGAGCUCGCACAAGAGACUGCGGUGCAGGGUAUGCGCCACCUCACCAUCACCGUCUUCCCUAUGGAGCACUUUGAGGAGGGGGCGGAAUUCCUAGAGACCAUCUCACGCUUCUUUGUCGGCGCCCAUGGGCAACGGGUCAAAACAGCCUAUGCUGAGACGUUGACGCACCUCAUCCUGCCGGUGGCCAAAGCAGCGUCCGCUGAGGUCAAUCAUCCGACUUGGGCAAAGGUUAUGGAGACGAUUGCUCCGAGAGCGGCCACAAUGGCAGCCAAGCCUCGAUAUUGGUCCGUCGCCUUCUCCCUCUACGUCGCCGCGUUGUGUGCGUCGCCGGAAGAGCAGUUCCUCCAAGGUAUAGCUGGGAAUUGGGGCUGGAUCGCUUGCGUAGACGUCGCAGUUAGCAGGUCCAAAGAUCGCCCCUCGAGGCCCAUCGUCAUGAAUACCGCGCUCCGACUUAUUUGGGUUUACAUGUUCCGCUGUCACGAGAGCAGCAACACGACGACGAAGAGACUUGACUCCUUCUACCGACAGUGGUUUCCUGCUGGGCGAUCCACUGUGCUCCCUUCUGAAUCAGUCCUCGCGCCACACAUCCAUAUGGUCCAUCUGGUCCUGUAUCGCCACUUUGACUACGGUCGCGACCUUGUACUCGACUUCCUUCGUCACAGCGUCCUCAGCGGCAGCACACUCUCUCUGCAGCCAGAGAUCAUCACGAGUCAGAGGAUGAUCAUCGCUAUUCGAGCCAUCCUCUUAACCCUCGAGGCCUAUGUCAAGACCGAGUCUCCGCCAUUUCCCAUCGCCGAUACCAUGACGACGGCACUGGACGCUGUGGGAGAUGAGCUGCCUCCCGAUUUUACAUUUCCCCGCCCGGACACGGCGGACGCACAAGCAAAGUUCAAUGAUCUCAUCGGCAAGAUUGCUCUCAUCUGCGACCACCAAGUUGGUACAUCGACCGUCUUUGACGAGAGCGUCAUCGUCAUGCGUACCCAUAAUGUGGCUCAGAACGGCAGCCUCAUCGACCACGAGCGCAACUUGAUCCGCAGCCAUCCUCGCAGCAAGCUAUCCGUUGCCUACGCUCGCGAUCAGCAGCCGUACAUGGAUCUCCUCAGGGCCUGCUUUGACUCAUGGCCUCGCUGUCUCAGCUCAAGCAUCCCAUUUGCAAGCGUCCUAUCCUGUCUCUUCAAGGCACACUGGAGCGGCGAUCCUCAACUCGGCGAGGCAGCCUCGCAAGCACUGAGGCGUAUCGCACGACAGCGUAAAGGAGGUGCAGGAGCCGUCGUCUCUGGCUUUGGUCGCCACAUCUUCCGUGCAGAAUCGCUAUUCUGGGAGACACAUCCUCACCAGAUCGCUCUCCUCCCCAAGGUCGAGGCGGCGCUACGACUCUGGACGGAGUUCUUGAACAUCUGGCUUGGCCAACUCAGGGCGAGCAAGACAGACGAACAGAGCGGCGUGGACGCCAAGAUGGAGAGGACGAGCGCGUGGGCCAUCACUGACGAGGUGGAAGCCUACGGACUGCUGCUGCUCUGUUCGGGCUACCGUCAUCUCAGGCGGCAAGCCAUAAGCAUUCUGCGCCUUGUUGCCGUCCUCGACGAAGCCUUUCAGACGCCAGGAAGUGGCGGUCGCCCGCCCUCGGCAGCGGAGCCGGCUCGCAUUAUCCACCUCCUCGACCUGCCCUGCCGUGAAUUUUGCAAUGUGGACGAUCCACAGCUCUCCGCUGAGCAGAGGCAACGAGUGCAGGAGUGGACAAGGUCGAACAGCAAUCACCCUUUGAGCGACUUAGCAGAGAGCGAUUUCGUCAUUGAACAUUCGCUCUGGCAGCACGUCCUUCCCGGCCUAUUGCGGAUGUGUCUUGACCACUUUCCAACGACGGUCGCCGUCUUCCGCUCGCAUGUCACGAACAGAGUUCUUAGCAUGGACGCAGCCGUCGCAACUGCUGCGGGUCUCGUUCCUCGCGCUGCCACAACGAUGGGCGCAGGCGGAGGAUCAACUACGAAGACGAUGCCGACAUCAUCAUCAUUGUCGGGCGGCUUGGCGUCUGCCCCGCAGGGAGGUGGCUCAGCAGCUGAUCAGACGUUGAUGGCUGAGCACUGGAAGUUCUACAUUUUGGCUCUGUGCACCUCCACGACCUCCACGGAAGGCUCAAGAGGCGCUGUCUCACACCGUCGCCAAGGCAGUGACCCCAGUUCUGGCGAGCGAGUCAUCGCGGCUCGCGACCUCUUUCAGAAGCUAGUACCCUUCCUCGCUUCGGAUCAGGUCAAGUUCAGAGAUGCCGUAGUCGUUGCGCUGGGCAACAUCAAUGUCAACUUGUACCGUACCCUGCUCGAGACACUGCAGGCUGUCAGCUCCCAACUCGUUGAGUCUCGUGUCGCAACGGGCAGGGGCGGCGCUCAGCCCCCUCGCCGUCACGGUCGACUGCGAACUGCGCUUGGUCACGUUGUUCAGUUGACGUCCUCGCACAUGACGGAGCAAGCGCUUUCGGAAGAAGCGGUCGUCAGCCUGCUCCUGAACUGGAUCAAGGAUACCUUCAAUCUCCUCAGCGAGCAUCGAGACGUGCAGUCCUUUUGGGACCUCCAGCGCCUCAGGCGCUUCUUCUGCGGCGUCGUCGAAUCGCUGUACAGCAGGAUGUGGCCAAGAGGAGGAUGCGAUCGCUACUUUCCGUUUGAAACCAGGCACAAGAUGUUCGCCCUCUUCGCAGAGUGGUACUCGUACAGUCAGUCAGCCAAGGAUGGACCAGGCAAGCUGGCAGCACUGCUGGCCAACGUUGCCGAGCAGCUGCGAGACGACAAGCAGAGGGAGUCAGUUCUUGCAUCGUUGCGAGAAGACACGCAGUCGCUGUCCUUCCACGCCAGCGACGCCAUGGCGACGCUUUGCCAAGGGCCCAUCGCAACACCAGACGUGCCUAGCCCCUACACGUCGCCGUGGCUCAUCGAAUGGCUCGAGGGUCUCUUCAGGAGCCCAGUACCGACAAACCAUGGUAUUGCGCGAAGAGCGCUGCGCUCUUUGCUGAUCAACAAUGGCGCAGAUGCAAAUCUCCUGGCUGCCGUGAUUGACAGCGCCUUUCACGAAGCGGACAAUCUCGCCUCGCCGAGAUCCAUCUUUGCUUGCUUCUGCGACACGGCUGUCGACAGAUCGGUACCGCUGCAAGCAAGGAUCGAAGUCCCACUGCACCACAUCCUGGUCCUCACGCUCACCAAGCUAGGUCACUCAGAUGUUGCGAUUCGCCGCAAGGCUCUCGCGCUGAUCGAAUGGGCAUCUCGACGGGAAGCACCUUCGCUGUCGCUGCAUCACGUCGAUGUAGGAGUAAGCAGCCCGUUGCCAGCAACCUAUCUACGCGCCCAGAGGGAUAUUUCGGCCUUUCUCGCCCAUCACUUUGGUACGCACAAGGUUGCCUUCGUCUGCGAGGCUACUGCCCGUCUGAGCGACAUCGACUCAUCGAGAAGAUCGACGACGCUCGGUCUCCUGCCGGACUGGCUUAGGGACAUUGACCUGCUGCAAGGUGCAGACUCAGCCGGUGGCGGCAACGAGAUUACCUACUGCUCGCUCUUGGUCCUCUCCAAUCUGCUCUCCCUCACCGUCAAGUAUGGAGAUGAGCACAACUUCGAGAUUCAAGACGCCUGGGCCAGCCUGGCAGAGGGGAGCCAGGUCUUCUUCAACAGCAAUGCCAUCGUCAAGUUCCUCGUCGAGCAGGGGCUGUGCUACCGUAGCGCGGCCUUUGUCAUUCACGCGAAGCGAGUUGUCUCGUGUCUCUCUCAGACCAUCAUCGGCCCGCCGAUGUUUGACGAGCUCUGCGCUUUCAUCGAGCCAACGUCGGUCAUUCCCGUGCCACGAGAUCAGGUCAACGUCCAGCCCAGCGCCCCAGCGCAUCGCAGUCUUUUCAGAGCGAAUCUCGACAUCCUCCUGCCCCUGUCGUCCAAGCAGCAAGUCUUCUCCCCGGGCCAGCUGGCCCUCAUAUUUAUAGGCGAGCUCACCUACGAGCCCUCAGAUCAGCUCAACGCCAAGCUGCCGACGCUCCUACACGCCAUCUUUGUGCAGAUCGACAGCGUCAUUCCCUUCGUGCAAGAGCAGGCCGUAGCUACUUUCGAGCAAUUGCUGCGCAGCUUAGCCUCGAUGAAAGCUGCGGCGAUGGGCGGGGAGGCUGUUGCGACGGCAAAAGAACAGGUCGAGCAGCUCUUCAGCAAGGGUGCGGCCAACUUUUGGUCCCACAUGGAUCUUGAAGUCACUCUGGACGAGUUCAAGACGCCACGCAAGAUGCGAUACCUACUCAGCGAGACGCUGCGAAUCUUGCAGCCACUAUCGCCAGGCCUGGGGGAGCAGUGGGCGACCGUGGCUCUCUAUUGGGCAACAUCAGGCCCAGUGCGGCACAUUGCCUGCCGGUCCUUCCAAGCCUUCAGGAUCUUGCUGCCACCAGCGACGCCCACGAUGCUCGCCGAUCUGCUCGGUCGUCUCUCGAACACCAUCUCCGAUCCCAACAUCGAUAUUCAGUCAUUCAGUCUCGAGAUUCUCUCUACACUAACGGCGCUCAUCAAGUCGACAGACCGUCAUCGGCAGGACAUCUUCGCCCAGGCAUUUUGGGCCGCCGUCGCCUGCCUCAGCACGGCCAAUGAGCGCGAGUUUGGCGUUGCUCUUGAGAUGCUCGAUGGACUCUUGGACAAGGUGGAUCUUGGCGACACGGAGACAAUCAAUCUGCUACGGAGCAAGUGUCCCGAGGGAUGGGACGGUGAUGUUGGCGGCAUCCAGCCACUCGUCCUACGCGGUUUGCGCUCGUCGGCUACAUCAGCUGCGUCGUUCAAGGUGCUGAUGCGCGUAGCCAAGAUCCACAAUAGCGACCUCGUUGAUGCUUCGCCGGACCGCAUUGCCUUCCUACUAGUCAGCGCUCUGCCGUGGUUCCUUCAAGCGUCCGACGCUACGGUCAAGGAUCCUGCCGUGUUGGAGCUUGCCGAAGACAUUGCCGUGCUGUGCGAAGCCGAGGGGCGCGCCGACAUUGCUCGUGUUGCAACCUCGAUCGCCAGGUCACGCUUCAGGACGAAAGACGACAUGACUCGCCAGGCAGUCAACUCGAUUCGUACCCAUUAUCUCCCGCGUUUAGGUCCGCAGCUAGCUGUCAAUCUACUCGGACUCACCCUCAACCAGCACGAGUGGCUGCGCAGCAACACGAUGCAAGUGCUCAAAAUUUUCUUUCAAGCCAUCGAUACGCGAUCUCCCGCCUUCGCCAGCUUAGGCUCCGAGCUGCUCAUGCCCCUCUUGCGGCUUCUCUCCACCCCGCUUGCAGCACAAGCUCUCGAAGUGCUCGACGAGCCCAUAACCAUCCACGGUGGGCCUACCGCGAAUCAGAUUCUGCGCAUGAGCCUGCAGUGGGGGCGACCCAAUAGACGCAGGGAGCAGGGGAGCGAUGCCUCCAUCUUUGGCACACCGGACGAUAGCGGGUGGGCGGUGGCGAACCCGCAAGAGUUGACGUCGAGGACGCGCAUCAAUAUCCAGGCCGUGUUCAAAACGUGCGAGCUGACGCUCGACGUCUCGCCGCUGAGCAUCGUAGACUUUGUCAAUGAGGACGACUUCUAUGCUGCUGGAGGUGAUCAGAGCAUCGGAGGAGGGAGCGUAGGCGGUGUCACCGUUGGCGGCGUGGACGCAAAUGGGGAGCCCUUUGCAGCAGGCGGAGGUGGCGAUAACUUGGCAAGCUUGGGAGAUAUUGUGUCGCAGCUGCAUGACCUUUCUGCCUUCUUCACGGAUGAAGAUGGCGGUGGCGAAACGGGUAGUCCCUCGACACCAGGCGCUAACAACGGAGCCAGACGUCUGGCAUCGGGUGCGGGCAGCAUGGCCAACGGGUCGCUCUACGCCUUGCAAUCCGGUCAGCACCUCGGGCAUCAUGCUCAUGCCGGGGAGGGAAGUAGUAGCAGCAUCUCGAUACCUGGGGAGGUCUCAGCACAUGGCCUUGCCAUCAACGGCAACGGCAGCGCACGACCAUACGACAUCGAUGAAGACCCAGACUCGGAGUAUGAGGAGGACGAAGAGGAUGAUGAGGAGCUUGCGGGCACGAUGGAGACACUGGCGAGCAGUGGAGGCGCUUGGAGCUCGAACGAGACGCCUCGCGCUGAUCCAAUGAGCCACCGCAACGGUCAUGGCGGCAGUCAUGCCCCCAACGGUUCGAUGGUAGCAAGCAGUAGGACCAGACAGCGGCCUUUGCUGCCAGGCUCCGUCUCGACCGACGCCUUUCCCAUGGAUUAUUCGACUGACGAUACACCCAGUCUUGCUUCAUCCUCGACUUGGACGACGGGUGGUGGACUUACAGGAGCGAUACGAGGAAGAGGUGUCCCGAUGGAAGAUGCUGGACAGAGGUCAACUGUGGACGACGAGGCGUCGUACGGAAGCAAUGGAUCCGGCUACUCUCCUGCAGGGAGAGUGGGAGGGAGCAGUACUCCCGGGGGCAGUAACAAGAGAAGGUCAUUCUUCUACAGAAAGGGGUACGCGUGA